AGCAAAACCGCAUGGCUAAAAAUGGCGGCACCGCUACACAUUAGCUUUAUCUGCAACAGUUGGAAAUAGAGAUAAUAGAGGAAUAGAGAGCAAAAGUUCAAAUUCUUGCCAUGGGUUUUGUUUUCAAGUGCAAGACAUAGCGUGGCGUGAGUUCUAAGGUUUGUGUCUUUCUUUUUCAUUCGUUUGAUGGGAAAGUUGUGUGGUUGUUGAUGUUGUUUUUUAUGCUAUCAUGGGAACAAGAAAGGGUUUUCUUUCAUGAGUUCGACGGAAUGUGCUAAAGCUAAAGCCUGGGAUGUUGGGUUGGUUUUAAGGAUGCAAGCUAAAGAAUCUUGUAGAGUCAUGUCUAAUCAUGAAGCUUCUCAGUUAUUAUCAUCCUCUUCUAGUAGUGGUGGUGGUGGCGGCGGUGGUGGUGGUCCCAUGUUUUAUAGUAGAAGCAACCGUGUUGCGUGCUUUGGCGAUAUAUACGAUGCGGUCGAUUCUGGUUCUAGUUCUACUUCCGGUGCUAGUGAUGCAGCUGCUGUGGGAAAGCCUCUGCAUCCCUUCAAUUCUUCUUAUACCUUCAAUCCCUUAGGAGAAAUGACACCAUCUGUGAAUGCGGGAGUCCCUUUCACAGCAGCUCAGUGGCAAGAGCUGGAGAGACAGACCAUCAUUUACAAGUACAUAAUGGCCUCUGUUCCUGUGCCUCCUGAGCUACUUACACCCAUCACAAAAACUCAAACAAACAUCCCUUCCUCACAAUCCCACGUGUUAAAAGGUUCUUUAGAAUUGGGGAUUUCGAGCUGUAACUCGGAUCCGGAGCCAUGGAGAUGUAAAAGAACAGAUGGAAAGAAAUGGAGGUGCUCUAGAGAUGUGGCUCCAGACCAGAAGUAUUGUGAGAGGCACUCUCAUAAGAGCCGUCCCCGUUCAAGAAAGCCUGUGGAAUUACACGCCGACUCCAUGGCCAACAGUAGCUAUAUUACUAAUACUCGCUUGCCUAAUCAAAAAUCAAACUUUUCCAGUCACACAAACUCUCAUUUAUCUAUCUUUCCUACUGCCAUGGUCUCCGCUGCCACCUCAUAUGAUCAACCCAGGAGCUUGGAAUGGUUCUUGAAGGGUGAGACGGUUCCUGUUGCUAGUAAUUCCAAUCAACAGUGGCGUCAUCUGAAGGGAGACAGCAGCAAGGGCGAUGAGAAAGUAUAUCAUUUUCAACACCAUUAUAGAGGAGGACAGCUGGACUCAAAUUCAUAUAUGGAUUUAAAAGGUAGCCACUCAUUGCAAACUCAUCGCCUAAAUGAUAGUUGCAGCUUGUUAUUAAGCGCCAAAUCAGCAACCUCCUUAGAAGCAACUCUAAAUCCCAACAACCAGACACAAGCGCAAGAGACAAGGCACUUCCUAGAUACUUGGUCAUCGGCACUGGGAGAGAUCACCGCUGGAAUUGGCAACGAUUGUUGUGUUUCUUCAAACGAGAAGCUACUGCCACUCUCGUCUCUGACCUUGUCGAUGUGUGGAAGAACCGAAACUAGUGAAGAAAACGAAAAUGCACAAGGGGGAAGUUUUGGGAUCAUGGGAUCGGACAAAGAUGGUGUGGGUGUCCAGAGACCCCAGUGGAUGACCCAUGGUUCAUGGAUGGGUUCAUCAGGUGGACCAUUAGCUGAAGCCUUGUGCCUUGGCAUUUCAAAUAGUGCAAAAGCUGAUUCGAAGUUGGCAUCUUCUCAUGGCAGCAGCUACGGCACCAAUGCCGGUAUGAACAGCACAAGCUAACUAUGGUUUUUAAUUGUAUUGAAUUAGAUAGGCCUAAGCUACUGUACCUCUAUAUGAUUAAGUUACUAGAUCUAGAGCUAAGCCAGCAGUGGUACUUAGUUGGGCAGUCUAGCCCACUCCCAUGCAUUUUGUGUCCCCUUUGUCUUUUAGAAUACAAUGGUUGAGCCAGGAGAGGAGCAGUACAUUGCCUGGAUUGGUCCCUGGUGUUUUUAGUUCCCCCUUCUAAUGUGUAGGUUCUUUUUGUUACAGAAGGUAUGUACAAGGGCUAGAAGUUAAUGGAAAUUUUUAACAGAAAAUUAA